GUUUACUGGCUGUUCAUCUCUAUUAUCGUUUUUGCGCGAGCUUUGCGCUCGCCGAAGAUGUUUCCCAAUCGCCCGGCGGCUCCUCCGGGCUCCGGGUCUUCCUACAAGUUUACCGUCGCUGAAACUUGCGAGCGCAUCAAAGAGGAGUUCAACUACAUCCAGCAGCAGAAUCACUCCCUUCAUGUAGAACGUGAGAAAUUGAUUAGUGAACGGACGGAUAUGCAGCGAAUAUGUGUAAUGUAUUAUGAAAUGGCCAAUGGUCUGAAUCUAGAAAUGCACCGACAAAUGGAGAUAGCCAAGCGAUUGAGCGCUAUUCUAACUCAAGUGAUGCCUUUUCUAUCGCAGGAGGUAUUGUCGGCCAUUGAAAGGGCCAAGCAAGUCACCAUGCAAGAGUUGAACUCUUUAUUAGCUGCACAGAUAGAAGACGCGAAAGCAUCUAAAUUUUUCAAUGGCAAUUCUGGUUUGGUAGCCGAACAACUUGAGGCUUACAAGAUGCAGAUGUCGGCACUCUCUGGGACUCCCUCUAGCCUCUCUGGCGGAAUGCACGGAAUCAAUAUGUCACACGGAGUCAGUGGUCCAAGCUUCAGUUCCUCAAACAACGUAACUGGCUGUAUACCCGGAGUGCUACCAUCAAUAUCUCCGCCAAGUAAUCCUGCAAUGUCCGCCGCCUUGCUGAAUGGUUUGAUUUCUGCCGCUGGAGCAGGCCCUCUUGGACCUGGUGGUUUUAUGGUUCCAACAGCCGGACCCAACAUGAACCCCUGUGAUGAUAAAUUGUCUUCAAACGAAGAAAAGCAGAGGACGGCUGUAGCUGCCAAUGCAAAUUCACUCCUCCAUUCUGGACGUUCUGCUGUCGGAUCUUCACUGAUUCAUCCUCCUAAUCCUCUCUCUGGCAUCUUGGGAGCCAAUAUGGGCGAUUUUUCAGGUUUUCCCGGCUCUUUUCCGUUAUUGCCUAACUCCGGUGAACCCGGUGAUAGCGUUGGACUCAAUAUGGGUUCGAGCACUACGCAGCAACCCGGGCGAAGUGCCUCCACUGGGAGCGGUGGUGGUGGCGGGACUGGGAAUCGCCAGCACACUACUUCAGGUGCUUUAAUUCCUGCUCAUGGAGCACUAGGAUCAUUGCAUCCAGGCUCAUUCGCCUCCGGUGGCAACAUUUCAGUGAGUGCAUCCGAUGAGAAGCGACGUAAAUUCAACGAUCCCAGAGAUUCGCUUGGUCACGAGAACGGAAAUUGGUUCGGAAAUGAAGAAUUCCGUUCCAGCCAGAUGGGGGAAAAAGGCAACAGUUCGAACCGAAGAAGCACCGGAGCUCAGCAAACCGUUUCAAGUCCUCAGCUCGGAUCAGAUUGUAACGCGUGCUACCCAACCACCUCAAGUGCUCCCGCUGGGGGCUCCGCCGGCAGUGGCUCCGGUCGAUCGUCCCAUCAGGCAUCCGAAGCCUCAUCUGUUUCCCGCUGGCGACCCUCAAGCAAAACUACCUCCGGUCCGGGAGCAUACUCUUUUGUGGUUUUCCCCAAUGGCCAGACAAGGCCGUGUGCUUUGGCCUCCGCUCCCGGCGCUGUUUCAGCUGCGGGUCUCCCACGUCGUCUACAACAUCUAGCCACUUUGCCUCAUGGGGAUGUUGUUUGCGCGGUCACCAUCGGGGCGUGUCCCGUCGGACGUUCCUCCUCAUUCGGCAUCGCUUCCGAUUUGUGCCGUGGGCUUGGGAGCGCGGCGAGCGACGCAGAGAGUCUCGCUGAAUCUCCCGGUUCUGCUGUCAUGUCAUCCGUGGCGUCACAUUUUGCUUAUACCGGUGCUCGUGGCAGUGUGAAGUUGUGGGAUCUUGCCACAAUUAGUGCUUCUGCACUGUCUGGUAUGUCUUCCCGUGAUGUUGCUCCAUUGGCCACGUUCGACUGCCUCUGCCAGGAUAGUUAUGUGCGGUCCAUAAAGCUUUUCCCGGAUGCAACGCAACUUGUGAUUGGCGGUGAAUCAAACGCUUUGACUCUAUGGGACUUGAAUGGCCCCGGGCGACGCAAAGCCGAACUCACAUUCGAAGCACCUGCAUGUUACGCGUUAGCUCUGUCUCCCAACGGCAGAUUAUGCUACAGCUGCUGCUCCGACGGCUUCGUUUCCGUGUGGGACGUACACAAUCAAAGCGUGGUGCACCAAUUCCACGGUCACAUGGACGGUACAUCGUGCGUGGAACUUACACCUGAUGGGAACCGCCUGUGGACUGGCGGCUUGGACCACAAAGUAUGCUGUUGGGAUAUAAGGGCAAAUCCACCACGUCCCUUGAACCACAUGGAAUUCAAAUCUCAAGUAUUCUCACUCGGCUUGACUGUCGGCCACUCCUCGCCACACAGCAGUCUGCUCAACAGUCGACGUCAGACGUCUUCCGUAUCACCGCGUUCUGCCGAUGGAGACUCAGCUUCCAGCACUGGGCUCUUGAGGGAUACCUCAAGUCCCCUUUCUGUUGGUGGUAGCGCUUCCGGAGCUUUCCCCAGGUGCGCCGGGACCAACGGCAGUUGGUUAGCUGUCGGGUUAGAAUCAUCGGAGGUUGAGGUCGUGGCCAUUGGACCAGACGGACCGGCGAUAACUCCAAGCUCAGGGUUACGAGAUGAGUCCAGUUCUACCAUGUCGCCUCUGUCUUAUUCCACAUCCAGCCCGCAGCCGCAACAUUUUCGGCUGACGCGACAUGAAAGUUGUGUGCUGGCUUUGAGGUUCGCGCACCAUGCUGAUUGGUUCUUGACUACAGGCAAAGAUCAUCAAGUGAACGCUUGGCGUACUCCUUAUGGAGCUUGCCUACUUGAAACCAAAGAAGCCGCUUCAGUUCUCACGUGCGACAUCUCACCGGACGAUAAAUUUGUCGUCACCGGAUCCGGCGACAAACGCGCAAACUUAUACGAAGUCAUCUUUGCUUCUGGUGCGUCAUAACUUUGACACACAAAAGCAUCGGGAUCGUAUGUACCUUCUCCUCCCCACCAAAUAUCGACAUGCACCAGCGGUCGUGAAAUUCGACUACUACCCAUCAGCAGUCACUUCAGGUGGCAGGCGAAUUCGUGUACACACACACACAACACUCGAUCUCAAGGCUCCCCCGUGUGUCACUUUGAAUGAAAUUCCACGCAUUUCCCUCUCCUGCUUAUCAGUUUCUCCUAUUCCCAAGUUUGGUUUUUCACAACACUUUUGUCCUUUCUAAUUGGAAUCAGAUUACUCAUAGCUCCCCCCACCCUUUUAUAAUACCAUCUUGUGUGCGUCUCUUCCACGCACAAUGCUCAUUCUGACGAUCCUGGUUGCACGCAUCGUGUUCUUCACGUGCAUUUGACAGAGCAGCGUUGGCCCAUUGUAAAUAAUCCACUCAGCCUUUGCAGUCACUGCCCCGUGAGUGCAACUGUUGGUAUUAAUAUAUAGCUCUAAGAGCUCCCCUAUACAAUUAAGAAAAUGUUUGGGCGAGUCUACUACCCCAAGGUAUAGAACCGCGUAAAUCGUCGUUAAUCUUCAUUGUUCGGUUCAUUCCUCUCCCCAAUGUUUCAUUUUUCACGGCAUUUGUUGACAGUACAUUUUGCUAACAGUUAUCAGGUCAUUUUGAGACAUUGUGCGAAUGUCGCCUCCUGCUGGUAUAUCAGUAAAUUUUUUACACAUGAAAUUUUAACUCCCGCAUUCGCUACCCUUCAAACAACUUCCUUCGCGCGCAUACCUCAGUGUUUGUGUUGUUUCACUUGGUGUGUGAACAGAGCUAGACAGACAACGUUUUGUUUGUGUGUCGCAUGGUUUCUAUUGAUUGCUCCCACUUCCGCCAUCUCUUCCUCUAUAUCUCAGUCUCUCUUUUUUGGAACAUUUAUGAGCACAUUGAUCUCCCUUAUGCAUUCGGUGUAAUUGCCCGUACGCGCAAUGUUUCAAUUUUCAUCAAUUUAAAACGUUUAGUUAUUGAACGGAACAUCUCACAGCCACCAAACACAGUUUGGCGUCCUACGAGACAAACGAAACGGACUCAAAUUCGCGAAUGAUAUCACCAAUUUCGAGAGGAACAGCAGUAAUAUUUUUUCAACAUAUGCGAAUGAGACCGC